AUGGCGCCGAAACUCGCAAGCUACAAGCGUAUAAUCCUUUGCUCGGAUGGCACAUGGCUGUCGUCGGACGAAGGCGACAAGUCAGUGCCUUCCAACGUGGCCAAGAUUGCGCGAGCAAUCUCGAAGACUGGCAUUGAUGCCCACAAUAAUCUUGUUAAGCAGCUCGUCCUGUACCACUCUGGUUUGGGAUCUGGGGAUCUCCCAUUUCAGAAAGCUAUUUUCGGCGCCCUCGGCUUAGGUAUCGACGGUGACGUGACCGAGAUCUACGAUUUCAUAUCCAACAAUUACGAACCUGGGGAUGAGCUCUUUUUCUUUGGGUUCUCACGCGGCGCCUUCACGGUCCGCUCGGUCGCCGGCCUUGUUUCCGACAUUGGGGUCCUCGCUCCCAUCAAAAUGUCUAGAUUCCCAGAGAUGUGGAAGGCGUACCGGGAAAAUAUAGGCGGUGUGCCGUUCAGAAAGUCAGAGUGGUAUUUGGACAACAAGGAGGAGUUGGGCCUCACAGAUGUCACCAUCAAGGUGAUUGGGGUUUGGGACACCGUAGGAGCACUGGGAGUUCCCGACUGGCCGCUGGUGAACCUGGCGACCAAGGUUGGCAUUCCAAUCAACAAGCAGUACUCGUUCCAUAACACAAGGGUUUCCAAAUAUUUAGAAUACGCAUUUCAAGCCUUGGCGCUCGACGAAAAACGAUUAACCUUUCCCCCAACACUAUGGCACAAGACCGAAGAUGGUCCUACCAAAGACCUGCAACAGUGUUGGUUCCCUGGCGUCCACGGUAACAUUGGUGGCCAGGCAGAACAGCCUCGUACAUUCGGCGACCAUGAAGAGAUCGGCUAUAAUACAUUUGCGUGGAUGGUGGAUAACCUCUCGGGCAUGCUCACCUUUGACCAAGCUAGUAUCGCCAGUCUGAUCGAAGAGCACCGUCGCGCCCUCAACAGAGUCAAUAGCAGGGGCCACUUGACUAACGGGUGGGGUUGCGGCCCCAUCGUUGACAACUUUGCCGGCCUGCAGGGCGCCUUCUUCGCGCUCCUCGGCAGACAGGACCGCACACCCGGCGACUACCUACGCGACCCAGGAGAUGGCUCCACAGGCCCAACGAACGAGUCAUUUCACCCAAUAAUGCGAAUUCGGAAGAGCAAGCUCAAAGAAUACGACCCACCAGCCUUAGACGGGUGGGCCACGAAAGAGCCGAGCAGUAGAGGAGCCGGAUGGAAGUGGAUGAAGGAAAGGCUUCAGGUCAUGCCGGAGUAUAGGCUGAGUCCGGAGAAGACCAUGAGCGUAGCGUACAUGAGCCCGGACAAAGCGUGGACCGAGCAGAUUAUUUUGACCCAGAGCGUCUUCUGGAUGAGCGUCGUCGGUUUGGUGAUGGUUACUGGUCUGAUUCAGCACCUCAACGAAAAUGAUCUCCUUCUCCUUUCGGUUUCUCUGGCGGCGCCAGCGGUAUUGCUCCCGGCGUUAUCAUCUAGUCGUCCUGACAAGGACCUACCAUGGUCACAAUGCUACUGGUUCAAACUCAAUGUCUGGAUCGCUAUUGUUGUCACUUUCGGCACAUACUUCGGGACCCACUACUUUUUCGACCUCAUGGGCAUGCGAUACGCGUUUGACGUCCAGUGGACAUUUGACUCGCAUGUCCUUGGACAAAGCGGGCAAAGGGUGCCUAUUUUCAUGUAUCCGCUUACCCACGCGUACUUCAUGACCUAUUACACGGCCCUGGUGGUCGUCGAACGCAAAAUCUUGCGACUAGUUCAGCCAACAUUUCCUUGGCAUGUUUUGAUCUUGCUUGGGCUCUCAUACACUGUUGCCUUUGCCGAGACGUUCUUCAUGGAUAACAGCUUCAUGACGGGACUCUUUGCGUAUGAUAAGCAUGAGCGCAUGCUGGCAGUAGGCUCUUUCGGGUACGCCUCCUACUUCGUCGUCGGGUUGCCUAUGGUGCGGCGCAUUGACGAGGGCGAGCGGUGGACAAUGAUGCGGGUAAUAAUCGAAGCCCUUGCCACAUGUAUGGCAAUCCUUGUACUCCUUGAAGUGUGGGCCAAGAUGGUUGGACCGCUCUGA